UCUAUUUCCCAUCAGCCGCGAACUGCAAACUUCCUACCUUCCUGUGUUCAACUGCUGCUGUUGUACUUUCAUUAAAACAACCGUAACACGUAUAUUUUCGUUACGUUUACGGCACUAUGAACUCAGAGGAGUCCGUUAAAACCCACAGUGCUGCAAAUAAUUGUCCAGUUUCGACUUCGGAGGGAAACGACGCGAGCAAAGGAGGAGUGAAAAGAACUCCAUUCUCAAAGUUUAAGAGAGUACAGUCCCGCUUCAAAUCACCUCUUCAAGUAACAGAAAGUGCUAAAGUUAGUCCUGCAGAGGAGGUGGCAGAGCUGGAGAGGAGAAGGGAGCAGCUGGACACAGAGAUAGCACAGCUGGAGGCUGAGGGAUACAGAGUAGAUGAGCUGGAGCAUCAUAUUGACAUGUUGCAUGAAUACAACGACAUCAAAGACAUUGGACAAUCGCUCCUGGGCCGAAUUGCUGCUCUGAGGGGGACCACCACACGAGAUCUCUAUGCACACUUUGGCCUUGAACUGGAUGACUGAAGAAAAAGAAAAGAGUGAAACUUCAUUGGUGAGAUUGGUCCCUCACACCACGGGGAGAGAGGAGUAAAGUUUACAUACCAUAGAGAGCACUUUUUGAUCAGUUGGAUAUGGACUAAAGAUGGAGCAACUAUGCGUCUCCUACUGGGAGAGGUUUUCUCUCUUGGUGAUUUAGUUUUCACUUCUUCGCGGAGAGAGAUUUGGUUAUUGGGAGUGAUAAAUAAACAAGAAUGGGGUUAGUCUAGCAUGCAGGCAUGACAUUUAAAACAUGCUGGCUGUUAAAACUUUACUUCAAGGCAAGUGACACUAUAGAAAUGUUUACAUUGCAUUUUUCCUGCCUAAUAUAAAUGUUAUUGAAGCAUAGCUUUCAAAGGACUUGUUUUGUCUUAAAGUUUGAGCUUUAGAUACAUAUGUGGAUGAUGACUGCAUGAAUGACACUUAUUUCUCUAACUUUGGGUUUGUUCACAGAAUGUUGGAGUGUCAAAGUAUAAAAUAAAAUUUACUUUUUUGAUAUUUA